AUGUCGAUGAUCAAGCUUGAAGAAGAAAGAUUUAAGAGGAGAUCAAAGGAGAUAAGAAAGCAUCUUGGAGGGCCUUUGGUUGUUCUUCUGGGAAAGGGCCAAGAUGUUCUUGAGUUUCGAAUCAACUCGGCUCUCUUUAUCUAUUUACUUGGAUACGAGUUUCCUGAGACCAUUUUAAUAGUUGAUGACACAUGCACGGCGAUAACAAGCCAAAAGAAGUCUGAGAUUCUCAAACAGAUCUCGUGCUUGAACAUUGUUGUGCGGAACAAAGAUAACUCAAACAUGGAUGAGAUCUACGGGAUGCUCAGGAAUUCAUAUUAUGUUGCGGAUUCCGAGGAGAUCCAGGGAGACUUUUGCAGGAAUAUCCUCGAGAAGAUCAGUGUGUCUGAUGCAACUGAGAAGUUGGGGGAAAUCUUCCUGACAAAAGAUGAUGAAGAGAUUAAGAACUCCAAGGCUUCGGGAAUGGCGGUGUCUGCACUGAUGAAAAAGGGGAUGGAGAUGCUAUGGGAUGGAGCUUUUGAAAAGGCGAGGCUCGAAGAAAUGAUGAAUUCGAAUGUGGAUGGGGUAGACAUGAGUUUGUGCGAGUUUUCAUUUCCUGUGGAAUAUACUCGGGACAGAGUCAGAAUUGGGGUAAGAUACAAUGGGUAUUGCAGUGAAGCAUCUAGGACCAUUGUAACGAACAUGGAAGAAGCUUAUAUGGCCCAGGAGUAUAUUCUAGGACUAGUACGGGAGGGAACGGAUUCUUCGACUGUAUACUCGGAAGGAGAGAAAUACUUUGCAGAAAACGGACUUGUAUUUGAUCCGGACUUUAUAUACACGAUAGGACUGAUGAGCAAGGAAAGAAGUUUUAAGAAUUCGUUUAUCCUUAGGAAGGGAUGUGUUUUUGUAAUAAGAUUGAAUAAUGAGACGAUGUCUUUGUCGAACACAUUUAUCCUUGAAGAGGUUCCGGAAUAUCUAACGUUGCAGGAUGCGGCACCCGACUUUCUAGAUAAAAGAUCACGGUUCCGAGAUAAGACAAAGGAGUAUGAGUUGAGCAUGAGGAGGAAAGAGCAUCAGAAGGAGCUACUUGACAAGCUCAUUGAGGAGAGGCUUGAGUUCUAUAGAAACCUUUCGGAUUCUGGAAAGGACGAGGAAAAAAAGGAAGAUAAGAUAGUUCCAUAUGGUAAAGAAAGCCUUGUUCCUAGACAAGGGAGGCUAGUGGUGGAUUUUUCUCGAGAAUCGAUAGUGGUACCGAUUGGAAGUUAUGCUGUGCCAUUCCAUGUUUCAAGCAUUAAGAGCAUUGCAGUCACGGAUGAAAAGAUUCUUCGAAUCAACUUCAAAGCAGAGCCCAAGGGAAGAGAUGGAGCAGAGGAGACGGAGCAUGAGCAAGGCGGCGAAAGCACCCAGAGCACCAUCAAAUCGAUAAGCCUUCGUGGAAACAACUCGCGGGAGCUGGCCGAGGAGAUAAAUAACCUGAAGAAGAUUCAUUCAACAAGAAAAACAGCUGGCGAAGCAGAGAGCUUCGAAGAGCUGAAGAUUAGCCAGAGGCCUCUUAGCCUUACAGAUGUCUAUAUGAGAACAGACAUAAAGACGGGAUCUAGACGCCGGAAGGUUGGUAGUCUGGAGCUUCAUGCCAACGGAUUUAGGUUCAAGGAGGAAAAUGUUGUGAUUUUAUUUUCGAAUAUCCGGCAUAUAUUUUUUUCCGAGGGGAAUGUGGAAACAAAUGCUAUCCUCCACUUGCAUCUAUUGAAUCCUAUUAUUCUUGGAGGAAAGGUUACCAACGUACAGUUUUAUCGAGAGGCAGGGAGUGGGAUGAUUUAUGACACCAUGAAAAGGGGAGACGAACAUAUGGAGUACAUUAUCGAGAAGGAAGAGGAGGAUAGACAGGAAGCAAUCAACCAGCAGUUUAGAUCCUUUGUAAACAUCAUUGAGUCUGAGACAGACUUCAAGGUUCAAAUUCCAAAGACCGGAUUCCAUGGGGUUCCAUUCCGGGAGAAUGUCAUGAUCAAACAAACCCACGAAUGCCUUGUUAGUCUUGACGAAGCGCCAUAUUUUGUACUGACUCUCGAGGAUGUGGAAGUGGUGAAUUUCGAAAGGGUUGUUUUGACAGUGAAGACUGUAGAUGUGCUUUUUAUCUUGAAGAACAAAUAUCCUCUGGAUGUGGUUAUGAAGAAUAAGUCUCGUCUCCUUGUAAGCAUACUAAGCGUAGAUGUGCAAAGCGUUAACAAGCUCAAAGAGUACCUUGACUCAAAUAACAUCUUAUUUAUGGAGACCUCAGCAAGCAUCCGGUGGAAUAACGUUAUUGGAAGCAUAAUGAAGGACCCAAUUUCGUUUUAUGAAGAUGGAGCAUGGUCUGGCCUCAUGGUUGGAGAUAGUGAAGAGAGUUCUGAAGAUGAGGAACUCGAGACUUCGGAGGAGUCGAACUCUUCGGAGACAGAAGAUCUUUCUACCGAUGAUGAAGAUGUAAGUGAUAUAUCGAGCGAGGAUCCAUCGGAAGAUGAAAGCGAUUACGACAGCUCGGACGAUGAAGAUGAGGAAGAUGACAGCGAGGAGGAAUAUGACCAAGAGCCUGGAAAAAGAAGAAAGAAUUAA